AUGGACUUCCUCCGGCUACACCUCCCUGGGCUGCAUCAGGCCUUGAGGGGGGCACUGGAUUCCUUGAAUACCUUUGUCUCCUACCUGGUGGGAGAUGGGGUCCCCACCACAGGGGAGAGAGACACUCAGGCAGCCAAGGAACUGGAGAAGGUGGAUGCAGGGAAGCCAAGGUGGGCUGUGGAGGAAACCGCUCAGGAGGCCCUGGAGGGUCUUACAGGCAACCAAAGUGAGGGGAAUGGAGGGCUAACAGGGCUUGGAGAGGCUGAAAGACACCAGGAGGGAAGCUUAGCUGCUGAACAGACCUGGGGGUGGGGAGAAAGCAGCUCCCAUGGGUCCCAAGUAGACAGACAGGAGACUGGAGCCUGGCAGACAGCCAAGUCUAGCAGGUGCCAGGAGCCGAGUGCCCCCUUGGAGGCCACGAAGAUGUCUGAGGCAGGGUCUGCGACUGGUCAAGACAGAAGCAGUCAAGACCAGGAGAGGCAGGAACCUGAUGAGCAGGAAGUGAACAGAGGGGAGACACUGAAAAUCUGGGAACAGGAGGAGGAGGAAGAGGUCAGGGCAAGAGAGCCAGGGGUGGCCAGAGGGGCGGAGUCAGCGUGGUGCUGGCACAAGGAGCCUGAGGGGAAGGUUGAUGUUGGUUGGCAAAAUGCUGCAGGGAAUGACAAGGAGACAGAGCAGGAGGACAAGGAGGCUGCUGCAGAGUUGACCCCAGAGGCUGAGGCCAGAGGGACUUGGAGGGAAGAAGAGUUGGCUGUCGUGCAGAAGGAUGGCCACAUCAUGGGGGCACAAGAGCCACAGGGGCCAGAAGCAGAACUUGAGGUCUGGACAGCCUCAGGCAGGGAGGAGGCCAGAACAAGCUCAGGUAGUGAAGAGACGUGGACCAACUUAAGUGGGCAAGAGGUUGACCAGCCAGUGGUCAGGGGGCUAGAACAUGGGGCAGUCCUAGGAGAAAGGUCUCCAGAAGGUACCAAGAGUGUCUGGUUCUUAGAUGAGGCCUCCAAGGGUGAGUGGGUAGAGGAGGUAGACGAGAACAGGGAGACUGAAGAAACCCUUUUCCCCAAACAGACCCAGACCCUGGGGACUGAGGGAGUAGAAGAAGGGAAUGGAGGUCAGGCAGCAGGGAAGGAGGUAGCAGGAGGCCAGGGGUCAGAGGAAGAGGUAGGGAAAGGCUUUGAGGGCCAGACAGACAGGGGCAGGAAAGAGAGUGAAGAGAUCAGGGCUGGGGAGGCCCAGGAGGAAAGAGGGAGUGGCUGGGCCACAGAGGCUGGGCUGCCUCAGGAUGAAGAGGCAAAAGGGGCUGAAGGUGAAGCUGACUUGGGGCCAACCCCAGAGGACAGACCUGAAAAGGUGUUCACGGAGCAGAGGCAUGAUGAAGAGGCUCAGAGAGGCCCAGAAAUACUGAGUGGGGAGUGGGGAGGCAUUGAAUGGGAAAUCACUGAAGGCCAGGAACCCGAGCUGAUGAGGCAGACCCAGCCCCCAACAAAGAGACCUGAGGGCAGACUGGGGGCUAAGGAAGAACUCUUCAGAGCUCUAGCUCUGGGCAUACAGGAAACAGAAAGGAACCUAGGGGAGAAGUCUAGAUACUUGGAGCGUGAAGUCCUUGUCUUUGAGGAAGAAACCUGGAGAAAUGAGAGGAGAAGGGGUGUGGAGAAUGGAAAUAUCCAGGAGAAAGCAGAUGCUGAGGAGGUGGGAGAGAAGGCUGCCAUAGGCCAGCCACUGGAGGUUGAGGCCAAAAGAGGCCAAGAGUCUGAACGACUGGAUAUCCCAGGGGCAGAUGGGGAGGGCAAGAAAGCAGAGGACACUGGGUGUGGGACAGAAGAGGAAGAGGCCCUGGAAGCAGAGGUGCCAGGUGGGUGCCAUGGGGCAGAAGCAAGGACAGAAGCCAGAGAAAUCAAGGAUAGGGUAGAAGAGGCUACAGUGCUGUGGCGGGCAGACAGGAUGCCCAAGAGAAGCUGGAGGCUGGAGGAAGCAUCCCCGAGCCUCCAGGCUGCACAGAUGGUGGAGGAUAAGCUAGCCCUGGCUGUAAAGGUGUCUGGGGUGGAGAACAGGCCAGAAAGGGAAGCUGAGGAUGCCUGGGAGAGGGAGUUUAAGAGAGGCUGGGACUCAGAUGAGAGAGAGGAGUUUGGCAGAGGCAGGGAGUUGUCCGAGGCCCAGCAUGGUGAGGCCACAGAGGGAGAAGACAGAAGUAGACAGGAGUUCAGCCUGGGGGACUCAGAAAAGGAGAUGGUGUCUAGUAGAGGUCACCAAAGAGAGGCUUCUGAGGCCAAGGAGGGAGAGCAGAUCAAGGCUGGGGAAUCUGCAGAGGCAGAAGGAAGCAGGAGUAUGGAUCGCUUUACCUCAGGCUCCCAGGUGUGGAGAGCGGAGGAGGCCAUGGCCAUAGGGGAAGCUGUGAACAUGGCCACAGGAGAGCAGACAGUGGAGAAAGCAGAGGUUGGGGGGUGGCAAGAAAUGGAGCAGGAGGCACACAGUGAGGGACAGUGUAGAGACCACCAUUGUGAUGAAGGGGCACAAAAAAUCCUUGAUGUGGAGGAUAUUGAGGUGGCUGGAGGCCCAAGGCUAGAGGCUGAGGAGAUAGGGGAGGCUGAAGAGCUAGAGGAGGAUGGGGAGUUAGGAAAAGCUGAGGAGGCUGGAGAGGUCAGGGAUGCUGAGGGUGCUAAGGAGGCCAAGAUGGCUAGGGAGACUGAGGAGGCUGAGGAAGCCAGGGAGGCUGAGGACAUAGGGCAGGCUGAGGAGGCUGGGAAGGUCAGGGAUGCUGAGGGAGCCAAGGAGGCAUGGGUGGCUGGGGAGACUGAGGAGGCCGAGGAGGCUGAGGACAUAGGGCAGGCUGAGGACAUAGGGCAGGCUGAGGAAGUUGGGAAGGUCAGGGAUGCUGAGGGUGCCAAGGAGGCAUGGGUGGCUGGGGAGACUGAGGAGGCCGAGGAGGCUGAGGACAUAGGGCAGGCUAGGGAGACUGAAGAGCUUGAGAAGAUAGGGCAGACUGAGGAGGCUGGGAAGGUCAGGGAUGCUGAGGGAGCUGAGGAAGCCAGGGAGGCUGAGGAGAUAGGGCAGGUUGAGGAGGCUGAGUAUGUCAGAGAUGCUGAUGUAGCCAAGGACGUCCAGGUGACUGGGGAGACUGAGGAGGUCGGGGAGGCAGAGAAGACUGGGGAGGCUGAGGAGACUGAGGAGGCUGGUGAGGUCAGGGGUGCUGAGGGAACCGAAGAGGCCAGGGUGACUGGGGAGACCGAGGAGAUAGGGAUUCCCAAGGAAACAGGGGAGGCUGAGGAGGUGGGAGAGACCAAGGAGGCCAAGAAAGCUGAGGAAACUGGGGAAGCUGGGGAGGCUGCGGAAGUCUGGGAAGCUGAAGAAGCUGGGGAGGCCAGAGAGAACCAGAAGGCCAAGAAAACUGAGGAAGCAUGGGAGGCUGUGGAGACCAGGGAAGCUGAAGAAGCUGGGGAGACCGAGGAGGCUGAUCCAGAAGGCAUGGAGGGUGUCAAGAAGGAACAGUCAACAGCUCAGGAACCUCCAGAGACUGAACCUGAGGCUGCAGAGACCAUGGGAAGUGCCCGAGAGGGUGCUCACAGCAGCUGGAGUGAGGCCCUGCUUCCUGGGUCCCUCCUGGAUGUCUCCGUGCCUCGGAGCCGUGCACUUCUCUCUCGAAGCUCCACACAACGAAGAUCCCGGCCCUCAUUCCGUCGCACCCCUGCACCUGGGCCACACGAGGAGCCCCCCAGCCUACCAUCCGAGGCACAGCCAUUGGCCCCUCAGCAGAGGCUUCUCCAGUCAGAGGACCCUCCAGAACCAAGCCCUCCAAGGCCUGAAGGGACCCCAGUGCCAACCAGAAGAAGGCCACUGGGACGCGGGUUUGGCCUUGCACACCCUGGCAUGAUGCAGGAACUGCAAGCCCGACUGGGCCAGCCGAAGCCCCAGUGA